CCGGGACGCCGCGCGUGCCGGAAGGGAGUGUCCUCCUCCUCACUGCCGAGGGACCCUGACUCCGUUGCAUAGAACAGUGGUGUGACCUGGACUGUUACUUUCACUUGUGGAGCGUGUGCACUUUGGUUGAGUACAGUGUUAACUUCGUCUUGGGGACCUUAAUGCUUUCACUCGUCCUUCCUUAUCGUAAAUGAGGACCCCUCUCCCUCCUCCCCAGAAACUCAGGACCAGUCUUGGACUUACUAAUGGCCUCCCACUACAAGAAUUUGUUGAUGCCUUCUUGCCUGAAGAAUCUCCAGCUGCUCUGAUGAUGGCUUAAGAGGACUGCAUGCUGUUCCCUCUCCAUGCCACCCCAGGCCCGCUCGGAGCUUCAGAUCUCAGUCCUUCAUGGAGACCAGGUCCCAGCAGGGAUGGCAGUGCAGGAAAUUGGCACCCAGAUGGUUCCUCCACAUGAAGUCGUCUUGGGCUAUGAGCUGACUCAAGGACACCUGGUAGCCCGGCCAGCCCUCUGUCAGUCACCCGAGGCCAGGCAGCAUGGUGUGCAUUCAGAGGAGGAAGCUUUUGGCGUCCUGCCUAUUCAUGACAGCUACUGUCUUUCUGCUUGUCACACUCCAGGUUGUCGUUGAGCUGGGGAAGUUCGAAAGGAAGAAGUUUAAAAAUUCCCAUUUGCAAGAUGGACAUAACAAGGUGGAGGAAGAGUCUAAACAUCUCAAUGUAUUCUUUAAGAAAGAAGCAUUGACCUUGAAGAGGAAGAAAAGGCUGGAAGUGGGUGGCUACCCCAUCAUGCUCUGGUGGUCCCCACUGACUGGGGAAACUGGACGGCUGGGCCAGUGUGGAAUGGAUGCUUGUUUCUUUACCAUCAACCGGACCUACUUACAUCAUCCCAGGACCAAAGCGUUCCUCUUCUAUGGUACUGACUUUAACAUAGAGAGCUUACCUCUGCCUCGAAAAGCCCAUCAUGACUGGGCCCUUUUUCAUGAAGAGUCUCCAAAAAACAACUAUAAGCUCUUCCACGAGCAGGUCAUCACCUUGUUCAACCACACGGCCACGUUCAGCAGGCAUUCCCAUCUGCCACUGACUACCCAAUACCUGGAGGGUGUCGAUGCCCUAAAGUCACUCCGAUACUUAGUUCCUUUGCAGUCCAAAAACAACCUAAGGAAAAGACUUGCUCCACUGGUGUAUGUACAGUCAGACUGCGACCCGCCGUCAGAUAGGGACAGCUAUGUUCGUGAGCUGAUGACUUACAUUGAGGUUGAUUCCUACGGUGAAUGUUUACGAAACAAAGAUCUCCCUCAGCAGCUGAAAAACCCAACCUCUAUGGAUGCUGAUGGCUUUUAUAGGAUCAUUGCCCAGUAUAAGUUUAUCCUUGCCUUUGAGAAUGCAGUUUGUGAUGACUACAUCACAGAGAAGUUCUGGAGACCGCUAAAACUGGGCAUAGUCCCUGUGUAUUAUGGGUCCCCCAGCAUCAAAGAUUGGCUCCCCAGUAACAGAAGUGCCAUUCUUAUCUCAGAAUUUGCUCACCCCAGAGAACUGGCAAGUUACAUUAGACGCCUGGACUACGAUGACAGAUUGUACAAGGCCUACAUAGAAUGGAAGCUGAAGGGUGAGAUCUCUAACCAGCGACUCCUGGCGGCUCUCAGGGAACGGAAGUGGGGCGUGCAAGACAUCAACCAGGACAAUUACAUUGAUGCGUUUGAGUGUAUGGUGUGCAGCAAGGUGUGGGAUAACAUUAGGCUGCAGGAAAAGGGCUUACCACCCAAAAGAUGGAAGGCAGAAGGGACCCACCUGAGCUGCCCAGAGCCCACCAUGUUUGCCUUCUCCUCGGCUUCUCAUUGCCCUCGUUGCCCUCCGGCGCCUCAUGGGAACUCUUUGCGAGAGAUGUGGAUACCGAGCUUCCAACAAUCCAAAAAAGAAGCCCAGGCACUCAGGUGGCUGGUUGACAGGAAUCAAAAUUUUUCAGCUCAAGAGUUCUGGGCCCUAGUUUUCAAGGACUAAUUUCAAAACGGAUUAAAGUGUUAUAGACUGGAUGAGGUUUAUCUUCUAGGUUGCCUUAACAUUUGAAAAUGAUAGCUAUUUUGUUAACGAGCCUUGAGGGUAAGCAUUAACUGCUGCAGUUUUCAUAAUGAGCCCUAUCAAGUAAUAGAUAUGAAUUAUCCUUACAGGUUGCUUCUGUAUUUUUUUACACUAAAAAGUGAAUAUUUUUUAUAGACAUAGGUCAUCUCCAGUUUACAUGUGUAGACUCAUGUACUCGCUGCCUUUUGUGGAAAUUCACCUGCAGCGGGAGUUUCCCUUGCUGCGGUGGAACUAGGAGAUCUAGCUGUGGGUUUUUGGUUACUCACCUCACCAGCAGCAGCACACUGGUGUUUGGCAAGCCCAGUGUCUCAGUGCUGAGCAUGAACAUGAAAUGCAUUAGAGCUUGGCAGUGAGAGAGCCCCCCUGUUUGCUUCCAGAGAUGUCAGUAAGAAAAGCUGUGUCAAGCUUAUCUGCUAUCUACUCUUUAGCAAUAAUAAUAAUAAUACCUGACGAGCCAAAAGAACAUAUGCGUGUCUGCCCUCCCUAUAUUCUCAGUCACCUCUCUAGCUUUUUUUAUAUUCCUCUUGUGCAGUGGCCUGCUCCUCUUUCUACUCCAAAUUGGGAGGUCGUGUAGAGAUGUAGCUCUUCUGUGCAGUGGAAUGUUGUAGAUUGUUCCUUAUAUUGAUGAAUAAUAAUAAUUGUCUGAUUGGAUCUGGCCAGCUUGUAGGUUUUAAUCAAUGUAAAAGGGGAAAUAAAUAUCCCCAGGUACUUUUAUUACGUUGAAGUUAACUUACGUGUAGGAUGAUAUGCAGCCCACCCUGAUGAGCAGCCCAAGGCUUUCACUUUGUGAGCAUUUCCUGCUUUCUGAUCCUAUCACAGAGGAGGUUUAGCUACCUUGUCUGGGGCAUCUACUGGAGGUCCACAGAAGACAAGGAGAAACAACACUGGCUCACGUUUUCCCUCCAUGCAAUGGUGAAGUGAUUUCUGUGUGACACUACAGCCUGUUGACACAUGGUGUGUCAUGGCUUCCAUAUUCCGUACUGUGGAGAGGCACAAGCCACGGAGGGCACCCAGAGGACAUGGCAUGAGGGGAAAUUUCAGGAUGCUCUCGCAGCUCCAGCCACCCUUUUAUUGCCUGCCAGAGCUGCUGUCAUACCUGCCACAGGCAGUGGCUUCCUUAUAUAGCUAGCCUCCCUGUGGCGUUGGCAGCCAGGUAUGAGAAAUGAGAGCCGAUCCUGCACAUCCCUUAGGAGCAAGAAGGACCAUAUUGCUGGGCAUUUGUGACUAGGUUCCCCCCAACCUCAGAUCUGCCAUUAAUUAAGUGGGAUCCUGGAUAAAUGUUUUAACCUCUCUGGGCCUUAGUUUUUGCAUCUAAAAAGAAAUGAUUGGGCUGGACUUUCCACAUUGUUUCCCGUGCAGCAUUCUUUAAUUUUUCAUCAGAAUUUAAGAUGUUUAAUAUUGCAGGUUUUGUAUUGUUAAGACAGUAACAAACUAGCUCAGAGCAACUGUAUGUAAUUCAAGGGAGCCAUGCUCUUCCUUGGAGGAAGGGGUCUGCCUAUCAGGUAGUAUGAGGGGUGGAGGGGACUUUAUUUCUCUGCUAUUUUACCUAAUGUAAUCAAAGUAGAAAAGCUUAGAAAGGCAGAUUAUUUGUUUUUUUUUUUGGGGGGGGUGUUUUUUCCGGUACCAGGAACCGAACUCACGACCUUGCGCUUGCCAGGCAGGCGCUUUGCCGCUGAGCUAAAUCCCCAGCCCCAAGGCAGAUUAUUUGUUAAAGGCCAGGUUUUAAAUUGUAUACUGAGUGAAGAGCUUUACUUUUUGCACGUCAAAAGAAAGCCCACCCACGAGAUCAUUUUUGUCUACGACAAGAUAUCAUAGUAAAUUCUUCUGCAUGAAUGCCUUAAACAAAUAACCAUGGUGUAUAUGCGACGUGCAUGUCCUAUACCUCUGUGUUUCAUGCAGUCUUGUUUCAUCCUAGUCCUUUAUCAAGAAUUCAUAGGUAAAUUUCUCCCCUAAUUUUUUUUUUUCCGGUACCGAGAAUCGAACUCACAACCUCGCGCUUGCCAGACAGGCGCUGUGCUGCUAAGCUAAAACCCCAGCCCCUCUCCCCAAAUAUUUUGAAGCAUAAACCCAUAAACAAAUUCAGUGAAACAAAAUUGUUGAUUAUUUAAUACAGUAUAACAUUUUGUAGGGAAGGAGAAUGGAAAAGAGUGUCUUCCAUGGACUUUAAAAUAGUUGUAUUUCAGAGAAAGUAAGUUAAAGGUGCACUCUGAGUACCCAGAUUUGAGACUUGAUUUUUUUGCUUCUUCUGUAGCAGGGUUUUCCUUGCUGAGAUGGUGCCUUCUUGUCUCUGGCAGCUGCUGUUAGAAGUGUGUGCUCGUGGUAGCAUGAUUCUUAUCUACAAAUAAGAGCUGUGCUUUUUGAA